AUGUCACUUGCGGCAGCUCACGUCAACCUCAUCAAGAACGAAAUCGUCGAGAGAGGUUUGUUCGACGUCCUACCUGAAUCAAAGCGCGAAUCGUUCAUCGAAUAUUUUUUAAAAGAAUAUGAAGAGAGAAUUACAAAGUCUCUAUUUCAAGAAAAAGAUUUGGACAGCAAGAACUUCAAAUCCAUAAAUGAGAACAUAACAUCAGUGGUCAGUUGUAGAAGGCAGGUUCCGAUGGAGUGUGUCAGACGUUGGAGGGAGAGGUGUCUGUUGGAGGAGCAGCAUAUUAAUCACCUUGUAAAAUCGAACUGCACACCUCAACCCAAAAUCACUCUACCACCACCAUCGAUGAAUGAUGAAAUUUCAAGUGACAUUGCCUACUACAUAACCGAGAUGAACAAGCUUAAAAGAAUGAAUGAGAAAAUUGGCAAGAAAAUUGAGAUGGUGAAUGAAGUUACGAGACAACUGGCCUCCAAGGACCAGCACCACUUCAUUCACAAAGUGAUGAUGGACAGCACAUUGCAUCAACAUUUCUGA